CAGGAAGUCAGGAAACAGGAACAAUCUCGGGAAGAAGUGACAGAAAAGUUCUUCAAACAUGAGCCGAAUUUACCACGACACGUCUCUGCAGAACAAACCGGUUCACAACGAGACCUUCACCGGGGUCUGGAACCCGACCGGGAGUGAGAGCGGCGGGGGGGUUCUUCUGGAGGGAAAGCUGCUGGAUGUUUCCAGACAUGCGAUCAGCGACGUCAAAAAUCAAAAGGUGCGUUUCUACGUGCUGUACGUGAAACCCAGCCGCAUCCACCGCAGGAAGUUCGAUUCCAGAGGGAACGAAAUGGAACCGAACUUCAGCGACACCAAGAAGGUCAACACGGGCUUCCUCCUGUCCUCCUACAAAGUGGAAGCGAAAGGCGAGACGGACGUUCUGUCCCACGAGCAGCUGUCCACGAUGGUGGACAAAGACGAGCUGAUCAAAAUAACCGACAAGCACCGGCCCGGCGGCACCUGGGCCUUCUGGCUCCCGGAGACCGAGAUGGACAAGACCGAGCUGGAGACAGGACAGGACGUCCGACUGAAGACCAGAGGAGACAGUCCUUUCAUAUUCUCUUUAGCCAAAGUGGACGGAGGCUCGGUGACCAAGUGUAACUUUGCCGGGGAUGAAAACGCUGGAGCUUCGUGGACGGACAAGAUCAUGGCGAACAAAUCAGAGACAGGCAACACAAAGACGUCUGGAGACGGAGAGGGAGCGGGGGAGGAUGAGUGGGACGAGUGAGUGAAGCUCGUCGUCCUCUGAACCCGAGGCCGAGCUCCGGCCUCCAGGUUCAGCUGCUUCCACCCGGUCCUGGUUAUCUGUCUCCGGCCUGGACUCCCACAUUCCACUGGGCCGUCGGAGCGGUUGCACAACCUGACUCGACUCCUCCAGCGGCUCGGAGAGGAUCCAGCUGUUUGUGCUGAUGCAGAAACCGAACCUUGUUUUUUUUUACUUUGGAUCAAAUCCCCACUUUUAUAAGACUGUAAAUACUCCUGUCGUCACCGACACUAAAACAACCCCCCCCGUGCCCUGCUAUUAAAUAUUAUAUUGAAAAUAA